UUUUUAACUGUUUAGGAUAAUUGAUUUUAAAAAUUAUGAUCACUCGAAGCAAAGCCAAACAACAAAAUACUCAAGAUCAGCAAAAUUUGACUAAAGAGAAUAAUCAAAAGACGAAUCAACAACAAGGCGAUCAAAACAACCAACAAACAGGACAAACUUCUCAUGGGAACAACCAACAACAACCUGCUCUACUACCAGUUGAAACUAAGGUUUUAUUUUUUAAGUGUUUUGUCAUAGAUCGUUAUCUGAAUCCUUGA